UUUGUUGGUGGCAGGAGGGGUUCUGGUACCACCAUGCUGAGCCAAGCUAUCUAAUGCUAGUUUAUUGGAUUCCCCAAACAGGCUGCACAAUCCCUAUAAAUGCUUCCCACCGUGUUGCCGUUGCUGCUAUAGUCUUAAAUCAAAACAAAGAGGUUCUUGUAGUACAGGAAAAAAGAGGUAGAUUCCAUGGAAUUGGAUACUGGAAGUUACCUACUGGAGUUGUCGACGCGGGUGAGGAGGUUUUUGCAGCAGCUAUUAGAGAAGUAAAAGAAGAGACAGGAGUUGAUACAGAAUUUGUAGAAAUACUAGCAUUCAGGGAAGUGCAGAAUUCAUUCUUUGGGAAAUCAGAUUUGUCAUUUCUUUGCAUGUUGCGCCCUCUUUCUGUUGAGAUCAAAAAGCAAGAAUUGGAAAUUGAAGCAGCUCAGUGGAUGCCGUUCGAGGAAUUCGCAGUUCAACCACUUACUCAGAAGCAUGAACCCUUCAAGUACGUAGUUGAAUUAUGUUUGGCAAAUGUUGAAGAAAAGUUCUAUACUGGAUUCUCCCCAAGGCCAGUCUCAUCAUAUUUUGAGGAUCAAUUGAACUAUUUAUAUAUGAAUAGCAAUGAAUUGGACAAGUCUUCUUAAGCCUCUCUUGCUCAUUUCUUACAUGUUAAAUAGAUUUCUUGCAGAAAUUAUGGUUAUCUAGUUAGUAUUGAUGAAAUAAAAAAACAUAACAAAAAAUUUUUGUAUCUGUUAUAUUAUGUUAAAUAAAUUUCUUGCAGAACUUAUAUGCUUUUGAAUCUUCGUUAACAAGAUUUUGAGCAGAAAUUUUGUUAUCUAGGAUUGAUGUAAUAAUUUUAUUUUGAGUAAUCAUUAAUUUUAUAGUGUGCUCUUUCUAUAGAUUUUUUGAAUUGUGAGCAAUAUUGUGAGAAA